CUUCCCGGGCCGGCGGGCGCGGCGGCGGCGGGGCCCGGAUGGGCGCCCGGGCCGGCGGCGGCGGCGCCCAUGGACGCUAACCGGCCGGGCGCGUUCGUGCUGGGCAGUGCGCCGCUGGCCGCGCUGCACAACAUGGCCGAGAUGAAGGCGUCGUUGUUCCCCUACGCGCUGCAGGGCCCCGCCGGCUUCAAGGCGCCCGCGCUGGGCGGCCUGGGCGCGCAGCUGCCGCUGGGCACCCCGCACGGCAUCAGCGACAUCCUGGGGCGGCCGGUGGGCGCGGCGGGCGGCGGCCUCCUGGGCGGGCUCCCGCGUCUCAACGGGCUCGCCUCGUCGGCCGGCGUCUACUUCGGGCCCGCGGCCGCCGUGGCGCGCGGCUACCCCAAGCCGCUGGCCGAGCUGCCCGGGCGCCCGCCCAUCUUCUGGCCCGGCGUGGUGCAGGGCUCGCCCUGGAGGGACCCGCGCCUGGCCGGCCCGGCCCCGGCCGGCGGCGGGCUGGACAAGGACGGCAAGAAGAAGCACUCGCGGCCGACCUUCUCGGGCCAGCAGAUCUUCGCGCUGGAGAAGACCUUCGAGCAGACCAAGUACCUGGCGGGCCCCGAGCGCGCGCGCCUCGCCUACUCCCUGGGCAUGACCGAGAGCCAAGUCAAGGUGUGGUUCCAGAACCGCCGGACCAAGUGGCGCAAGCGGCACGCGGCCGAGAUGGCUUCGGCCAAGAAGAAGCAGGACUCGGACGCCGAGAAGCUGAAAGUGGGCGGCUCGGACGCCGAGGACGACGACGAGUACAACCGGCCCCUGGACCCCAACUCGGACGACGAGAAGAUCACGCGGCUUCUGAAGAAGCACAAACCCUCGAACUUGGCGCUGGUCAGCCCGUGCGGCGGCGGCGCGGGGGACGCGUGAGCCGAGCGGGCGCGGCGGAGCGCGGGCCGGGCGGGGCUAUAUUUUUUACAGAGGAAGUCGCGGAGGGGCGAGCGGGGCCCCGCGCCGAGGCCGCUCGGUGCAGACACUUUGUACGAUCAAUAAAUUAUUUAACUCGUC